AUGUCUUCUAAAGUUUAUGUUGGCAAUUUGAGUUGGAACACUACGGAUGAUACUCUCCGUCAAGCAUUUUCCGACUUUGGUCAGGUUCUAGAUUCCAUCGUUAUGCGCGAUCGCGAUACUGGUCGCUCCCGUGGUUUCGGUUUCGUGACAUAUUCCUCUGCUCAAGAAGCUGAUGCUGCCAUUGGUGGCUUGAAUGAGCAAGAGCUUGAUGGCAGACGCAUCAAAGUAAAUCUUGCUAACGCCCGCGGCUCAGGUGGUGGCGGCGGCGGAGGCUACUCUGGAGGCGGAGGAUACGGCGGAGGUGGAGGAGGCUACGGCGGUGGAGGCUAUGGAGGCGGAGGCUCGAGUGGCUACGGCGGUGGAAACGGUGGAUAUGGAGGUGGAAACGGUGGAUAUGGGGGCGGCGGAGGAUACAACCAGGGAUACGGCGGUGGUAAUGGGGGAUACGGACAAGCGUCCCCCCCUCAAAUGGCGGGUGAGGAGUAUCCCCUCCCUGGCCUCCCAGACCCUGGUCCUAUCAUUACCGAUCCAAAUAUUCAACCCCCUCGCCCCGCCAAUGCAUGGAUUCUCUAUCGUCGCUGGAAGGUUAAGCAGCUUCCACCACCUGCUCCUGGAGAGCCUCGGAGAAACCAGUCCGACAUGUCGACGUUUCUGGCAGUGUGCUGGCGAACUGAAAAACAAGAAAUCAGGGAUCACUUUGACCGGUUGGCAGACGAGGCCAAGGCUGCACACAAGGCGCGGUACCCUAAUUAUCGAUAUCAGCCUAAGAAAAAAGACGAAAACAAGACGUCGUUGCCGAAGAAGAUCAAGUCCGAUCGUAGUGUGAGCGCACAAUCAAAUCCAGGGGGCUCCAAAGUCGAGCGUCCUGGUCAUCCGUACCCUUCUUCGUCUCGUCCUACUCGCCUGCCUCCCGAUCCUUUCCCGCCCAGCCCUCCACUAUCUGCUGCCUCUUCUCCCGGUGCAUCGUCAUCUUCUGGAUAUGACGUGCAAUCUUCACCUGAAAGUAUUGUUGCUGAUGAGGCAUCUUUACAAGAGCUGAACCCUGCAACCCCACUUGUAUCUUCGCCCCUACCACCCAUUGAAGAUGGAGUGGCUACCACAUCCGCACCGGACGCCAUGGCGCAAACUCAGAAUCUUGCCUUGCAACUUCAGCAGCCACACCACCCUAACGGUCUUAUCGAUGGGCCGUGGAAUUUAUCUCUUUUCCAGGGUGGAUCUUGGACUUCCAUACCCUAUAUCAAUGAGAACAUUGGGGACCAAUCAGCGGCCUUCAAUUUUGACUUACCUCAGGGCAGUCUACCAGUGGAAAAUAUUCUCCCAUGUGGUCAUUCAGAGCAUGGUCCGCACAAAGCGACGUGUUUUUUGGCUACCGCAGAUGCCGAAGACACCACCGAAGCCCAACCUGAACUCGACGUUUCGCUGGGCGCUCUACAUGGAACUUUCAGCGAUUUUGGAGUCGAGAGCCAUGAUUAUGCUUUGCAUAAUUCCUUGUUGGCUUUACCUGAUAUGUCUUUGUAUACCCAGGAUUUACAUGCAUACAAUCUUCCCGCGGAUUGCCUCUCAUUUGUCACCGAAUCCAUCAAUAAUGACGAUUACAACAACAGCAAUGAGGCCUCCGCCUUUUUCUCCCUUUCCAAUGGCAACGAUGCAUUUUAUUCUCAGGCCCAAGGGAACCAAGCCUCCACCGAAACUGAAGGCGCCAACUCCUAUGUUCCUCCCUCCGGUGCUUCCCAAUCAUCCACUCGCCGGGUUGGUGGCGAUUGGAGCGGAUUUGUCAAAGAAGACCUGUAUGCUACCUCUCCGUUUGAGGUUGAAGCUAGUUAA